AUGCCCGAGCCUCUGCUGGAGCCCCCUCCCUCCAAGUUUAGAUUGGAGCCGAGCGGGCAUGAGAUGGUGCUGACGCUGAGAAGGGAGAGCGAGGAGGACGGAGAGGACAUGCUGCUGACUGCGCGGUUUGUACAGGAGAAGGAGCUGAGAGGCGGAGCAGAGGAGGAGGAGGAGGAAGGGGGAGAGGGGGAAGGGGAAGGGGAGGGGGGAGUGAGGGGGUUGAGUGAGGAGGAGAGGAAGAGGAGGAGGUGGCAGAGGCAGGGGAGGGUGGAGGGGGUGAAAAUGGACGAUCUGGUGUCGGGGCAGUGGAAGGAGAAGCUUAUGGAGGGGAUGGACACGGAUGAACGGACCGAGAUUGAGGUGGGUGGGUUCACCAUUACAUGA